CCCGCGAACCGUCAGUUCCUGCGAGAAUCACCUGCCUGCACACCAGCAGCCGUCGCAUCACAUAUCCGCCUGCUCGGCACCACCGCGGCACCGGAAUUACUCAUCUUGACGCAACCGUAAAUCGACCGCCAGACGACCCCUCGAUCCAGCCAUUCCGAACAGCCUCAAAGGAGUACUUGACCCGCACUAUCGCCCGGGCACACUUCAAUGUCCGGCUAUAACGGCCGUCGCGGGCCAAACGUCUCCGCGUACGUCGCCAACCUCAACACCAUCGUGCCCGACGAGGUACAGGAAUCGAACACCGACUUUGACAUCUUCCUGGAGACGGAGCUCUUCGACCAGUACGACUCGGGCGACCUCAACUUCAACCCGGCGCUGGACAUUGGCUUGAACAGCAUCGACACACCAGCACCCGCGCCGCAAGCAAAUCCCACACUCCCCGCGCCUAGCGUAUCCGACGACGCCAAAAUGGACUUCAACCUCAAUGGCGACUUCCAGUUUGCCGACUUCUCCACCUUCGCGCAACCCCUCUCCAUCGAUCCGUCCAUCCAGAACCCGCUGCCCGCCUCGCGCACCUACUCCAUCGGCAACGCCUUCUCCCCCGCCUCCUCUGUCGUCUCCCCCAUCAUUCCCGGCUUCGAUGCCGCCGCUGGUAAGAAGCGCAAGCACGAGAGUGCUGUGUCAGUGUCUGCGGACACCCCGAGCCAACCCCCCACAGAUGAGUCCGCGCGCAACGCCGCCGAGGAGGACAAGCGGCGCCGCAACACGGCCGCCUCCGCGCGCUUCCGCAUCAAGAAGAAGCAGCGUGAGCAGGCGCUUGAGAAGACGGCCAAGGAGAUGACGGACCGCGUCAGCGUGCUUGAGACGCGCAUCCAGCAGCUCGAGACGGAGAACACGUGGCUCAAGGGCCUCAUCACCGAGAAGAACGGCGGCAAGGCGUCCCCCAGCGAGAUCCAGGCCCGUCUGUCCAAGCGCGAGGAGAGCGAGCGGAGUAACGGCAACCGCACUGACGGUGUUGGCACGAAGGCGGCCAAGGCGUAAAGGCUCUGUCCAUAAUUCUUCUGGCUUGCUUCUUUGUUUCUGGAUUCCUGUUCGAUGCUGGGCUUCGGCUUUCGCUGGCUCGACUCGAUAGACGUCGGGUCAGCGCGCACACGGUUCGCGCUUUGUGUUAUAGACGGGGG